ACUUUAGGAGCAGAUGGUUCAGGAUGAGUAAGAGAGAACUUUUAGAUGAAAUGAAGAAAGAAAAACAACAACAUCAUAGACAAAUAAGACAGUUACAAUGCGAGCUACAGAAGUUCCGACAUUCAGACCCAAUCUCCAGCUUAGAGCUAGAUUAUACAGAUAUCAAUUAUAAACCAGAAGAUUUGAUAGGUGAAGGGACAUUUUCUCGUGUAUAUAAGGGCGAGUUUAAAGGAUCAGAGGUUGCUGUGAAACAGUUGAAAAUUCCCUUACAACAGGCAGAUAAAAACUAUUUUGCUGCAGAG